AGGGAUGCGUUUAUAGGACCUGAAAUAUGGCAUCUCGAAAAUUUCUUGGAGUAGUCCUGCUGUAUGCGCUCUUUGUAGCGUGUGUUAAAGCGGAUGCAGAGGCCGACGCUGAGGCUGAUCCAGAAGCUGACCCGGCUGGCUGCUGUUCAAGACCCACAACAUUUGUGAAAGGUAGACAAGGACCCCAGGGAGUGCAAGGACCUGAGGGUGAAGAGGGUCUUGCUGGACCACCCGGAUCCAUUGGUCUUCAGGGAGACAACGGUCCAUUCGGUCAGAAGGGAGAACGGGGUAACCCUGGUCUCGCUGGAAUGAAGGGAGCUCGUGGAGAAGCUGGUGAACGUGGCCACGCAGGACCUCCCGGAGUUGAUGGAGUUGACGGUGUUGAUGGAUCGGAGGGUCUACCCGGACUUGAUGGUUGCAACGGUACUGACGGAGAAAAAGGAGCUGCUGGAGAACCUGGAGGCCCCGGUUUACCGGGAGAUACGGCCGGUCUAGAUGGUAGUGACGGAGAAGAUGGAGCCCCCGGUGAACCUGGUGCACCUGGUAAUGUAAUCGAGGGAGAUCAAGGAGAGCCCGGAGCACCCGGUGAACCUGGUGCACCUGGAGAUCAGGGUCCCAAGGGUGCCGAAGGAAAAGCUGGCUCGAAUGGAAUUCCUGGUGCUGAUGGCCAACCAGGUGAUGCUGGAGAAAAAGGUCCUGACGGAGAAGCCGGACCUCAAGGGCCAAAUGGACCUGCAGGGGAACAAGGUGAACCUGGGGAACCUGGAAACCCAGCAGGAUCAGAUGGCGUUGAUAACUUUGUCAAGGGAGCUAAGGGUCCUCAAGGAGGUCAGGGAGAAAAGGGAGACGAUGGUGUCGGCGAGACUGGUCCUGUUGGAAUACUUGGAGUGCCCGGAGUAGCAGGUGCGAAAGGAGAAACUGGUUUGCCCGGUGAGUCACCGCAGGGAGCUCAAGGUGACCAGGGGGCCCAGGGAGGACAAGGAGAACCCGGAGAUCAAGGACCUGACGGACCCCAGGGACCUGCAGGAGAUGACGGCGAACCAGGAGCCGCUGGAGAACAGGGAGUACAAGGAGAGCCUGGAGACGAUGGUGCCAACGGAGCUGCUGGAGAUCAGGGAGACGCCGGAGAACCUGGUGAUGACGGUAUAGACGGUAGACACGGUACUCCCGGUGUUCCCGGGGCCAAAGGAGACCCUGGUGAGACCAGAAUCGCUCGAGGCCUCGAUGAAAUUGAUGCACCUCCAGGUGAAGCUGGAGAUGCUGGUGCCCCUGGUGAACCAGGCGCAGUCGGAGAUCCGGGAGAUGUUGGUGCCAAAGGUGAAGCUGGCGAUGCUGGUGCCGAUGGGAGUGAUGGUAUACCCGGAAUACCCGGAACUGAAAAAGGAGCGAAAGGUGAACGUGGAGGACAAGGUCCACCCGAUGGACAAAAAGGAGAACCAGGUGUAGAAGGACCUGGCGGAAGUCCUGGUGAUCCUGGUGCCAAUGGUGCAAAUGGAGAAGAUGGUGCACCAGGUGAAGCCGGUAUUCCUGGAGAUGCUAUCGAGGGAGCAAAAGGACCGCAAGGAGAUCUAGGAGACCAAGGAGAUCAAGGAGCACAAGGUACUCCUGGAACACCUGGCGCAUCAGUCGAAGGAUUGGCUGGUCCUCCUGGAUUACCCGGAGCCUCUGGAGAUAAAGGAGAUGCUGGUGCUGCUGGAGAGCCUGGAGACGAAGGACCACAAGGUAACCCAGGUUCUGAUGGUGGGCCAGGCGAACCUGGUGCAGAUGGCUCUAACGGAGCUAACGGUAAAGACGGAACGCCUGGAGAUGACGGAGCAAAAGGAGAACAAGGAGAAACCGGUGAUGCUGGAGAAGAUGGCACACCAGGACAGCCCGGUACACCCGGUACUCCUGGAAACAAGGGACCAUCUGGACCUCCCGGGGAUCAACCGGGAAUCAAAGGAGAACCUGGAGCGGAAGGUUUACGCGGGCACUCUGGCAGUCAAGGAGACCAAGGAGCACCCGGGGUGAUUAAGGGAGAACCUGGUCAAGAUGGAUCUGAUGGUGAGGAUGGAGAUGACGGUGCAGAUGGAGAAGAUGGAUUGGAUGGUGAGGAUGGAGCAGUAGGAGCUCAGGGCCCAGACGGUGCACCUGGACCCAAAGGAGAGGAAGGUGAACCAGGUGAUGUCGGCGGUCCGGGAGCCCCUGCCACAGCUGGAUCCAAGGGACAAAGUGGUGAGCCAGGAGUUCAAGGUGAGCCCGGUCCUGAUGGACUUAACGGUACUCCUGGAGCAAAUGGAGCUAAUGGAAUGCCAGGAGAACGUGGAGAACCUGGUGCUGACGGACCCAGUGGAGAGCCUGGCAACCCAGGUACCAACGGAGCUGACGGUGCUGACGGAUCCAACGGAGAACCUGGCGAUGCUGGAGCACAGGGAGAAGACGGACCACCAGGACUUGAAGGAAGCCAGGGGCCACCAGGAGAACCUGGUGUACCUGGUGUACCCGGAGUUCCAGGAUCUGUCGUAGGAGCUCCAGGACCUAAAGGAGCAGCUGGUGAGCGAGGCGACCCAGGUGGUGCACAAGGUGAUAAAGGACCUCAAGGAAACCCCGGUGAGGACGGUAAGGAUGGGAAAGACGGAAACCCAGGACUAGACGGAAAUUCAGGACAAGACGGUCAACCAGGAAAAGCAGGUGCCAAAGGUCCGAGAGGAUUACGAGGAGACAAUGGUGUUGACGGAGAACCUGGAGAUGAUGGACAGGAUGGAGCAGAUGGCAAGAAUGGACCAGAUGGAAUUCCCGGAAUUCCCGGAGGACCAGGAGCACCAGGAGAAAAGGGCCCACCUGGUCCAGACGGAGCAGAUGGACCUGCCGGAGAGCAAGGACCUGCAGGAACAGAGCAGGGACCUCCAGGACCACCGGGUGACUCACCUCAUGGAGAACCAGGACAGAAGGGAGAACCCGGCAUUGGAACCCAGGGAGAGCCUGGAGACAAGGGAGCAGCUGGAGGAAAAGGUAAUCCUGGUGCAAGCCCACAGGGAGAGGCUGGAGAAAAGGGCCCUCCUGGAGAUGUCAAGGGACCAGCUGGAGAUCCAGGUCCUCAGGGUGAAUCCGGUAAUCAAGGAGCACAGGGAAUGAAUGGAGUACCUGGAGCCGAUGGUGGACCUGGACCUCAGGGACCCACUGGUGAAGAUGGAGCUCAGGGUGAUAAGGGCCCACAGGGAGCCCCUGGAGCAGCAGGACCAUCUGGAGAAGAUGGUAAUGACGGAUUAGAUGGUGCAGCAGGAGCACCCGGUGCUGAUGGCCCCCCAGGACCCCCGGGAGAGCCAGGAAUGGAGCCAGGAGCCCCGGGAGCAAAUGGACCCGACGGAGUACCAGGAGCGCAAGGUCCACAAGGAGAACCUGGAGCACAAGGUGACCAAGGAGAGCCAGGAGAGCCAGGAAAAGAUGGUAUCGAUGGAUUCCCUGGAGGCGUCGGCUUCAAAGGAGGAAAAGGUCCAACUGGUGAUUUAGGUAAUCCUGGUGAUGUUGGUGAACCGGGUGAUCCAUACGAAGGUCCAAAUGCUCUUUCCCUCAAGGGUCACAAGGGCGAAAAAGGAGAUGCUCCACAGGGUGAAGCCGGAGCUAAAGGACAACCAGGAGACCCCGGAGCCGCUAACGACCUUCCAGGAGAACCAGGACCUCAGGGAGAACAAGGUGCUCCAGGAGAACCAGGUGCCGAUGGGGAAGAUGGAGAACAAGGAAGUGUUGGUGAUGACGGAGACCAAGGUCUGCAGGGACCUCCAGGAGAACCUGGUGCUGAUGGAGGAAAGGGCGAUCAGGGCAUGGUUGGUGCACCUGGACCAGUCGGUGAAGCAGGUCCUUCUGGACUUCAGGGCUUCAAGGGAGUCGUGGGACCAGGUGGUGCUCCCGGAGACCAAGGUCCGAAAGGAGAUCAAGGAGAAAACGGUCAGGACGGUAAUAACGGACCUGAUGGUAUUCCUGCUGUAGCCACAGCAUGUACUGGAGAACCGGGCGAGCCAGGGGCUCCAGGUGAGAAAGGACCACCGGGUGUUGAGCAAGGUGAAGUAGGACCGCCAGGAGGCAAAGGACCUACUGGACUGGAAGGAGAGAAAGGACCUGCUGGAGAACCCGGAGAUAGCAGCGGACCAUUAGGACCUCAGGGAGAAACUGGAGAACCAGGAGAGCCUGGAAUAGACGGACCACCAGGACCACCAGGACCACCUGGCGAAGAUGGAGCUGAUGGUGAACCUGGGGAACCCGGACUGGGAGUUCCAGGUAAUCCUGGCGCCCAUGGAAUCAACGGAGCCGACGGAGCUCAAGGAGAACCAGGCGAAAACGCGGAGGCUGGAUCACCUGGAGAGCCAGGAGCUCAAGGUGCAACAGGAGCCCCUGGAGCAGGUGGAGCUAAGGGUGCUGUGGGACCUGCAGGUCCUGCUGGGCCACAAGGAGAGUAUGGUGAACCAGGAGAAGCGGGCGCCAAGGGUGCACCUGGAGCUGACGGUCAACAAGGAGAUUCCGGCGAUAAUGGACCACAAGGAGAAAAAGGAACAGUUGGAGAGUUCGGUGAAGACGGAAAUAUUAUGGUUAUUGUUGAUCCCGAGUCCGGUGAAUUGACACAAGAAUUCGUGUUCUGGAUCAACUUGAUCAGCGAGAUUUUGAACGUGACUCAAAUUGCCGAGAAAGGACAACCCGGUGAACAGGGGAUGCAUGGACCGGCCGGAGAAAAUGGACCACCUGGAGCAAAUGGAUUAGAUGGAGCCAAUGGAGUUCCUGGUCUGGAUGCAGCUUCUGAUGGAGAAGAUGGAGUUACUGGACUGAUCGGAGAUCAAGGACCGGCCGGUGAACCUGGAGCUAAGGGAGAAACUGGUGCACCUGGUAAUGAUAACGAAGAGAGUGCACCAGCAUCAAGUAAUGAGAAAGGAGAGCCCGGCCAAAAGGGGCUAGCUGGAAUCAGGGGACAAAAAGGAGAACCAGGAAUUGCUGGAGCUGAUGGAGAACAAGGGCCUGAGGGAGUGUGUGAGCCGGUCGAGGUCGUCCCACGAUGCAACUGUGAUACCCACAUUGUUGUCAGACAUUCUCAAACUACUAGUGCUCCUGAGUGUCCAACAGGAUACAUAUCACAAUGGACGGGAUACUCUCUAGUGUUCUUCGAAGGCAAUGGUGCCGGAGUCGAACAAGAUCUUGGAACUACUGGAUCUUGUCUGGAGACAUUCCAAGUGAUGCCCUUCAUGCAAUGUUCCAGCCCUGAUGUGUGUCAACAGGGACUCAGAACUGACAAGUCUUUCUGGCUGGGUGUUGACGCCGAGGCUGAUUUCACCGUCAAACCAAUGUCCAGCAUCGACGAAAUUGACAAUCACAUUUCAAGAUGUAAUGUGUGUGUUGGUACAAGUGAAGUCCUCACCAGGCAUUCCUUCUCCGGCUCCGCACCUAACUGUCCUAAUACUUACCAUGAACUGUGGACUGGAUACUCUUUCCUCAUGGUAAGCUCAAAUGGUCCAUCUGGUGGCAGCCAGGACCUCGCAUCUUCCGGCUCGUGCCUGGAGAACUUCUUCAUUCCAACCUUCAUCGAGUGUCUGGGACGAGGCACCUGUGCUUACUACAUCACCAACUUGGACUACUGGCUGGCUCAGAACCCUGAUAUCACGCAACCAGGCAUGUGGGGUAUGGGUAACGUGUACAGCGGUAUCGACGACAUUCUUGAUAACGGAAUUUCUAGGUGUACUGUAUGCGCCAAGGAUAUCAUGUUUAGUUUGAUAACGAUGGCAUCUCGAAAAUUUCUGGGAGUGCUCCUCCUCUGUGGGGUUCUGGUAGCGUUUGUAGAGGCGGAUGCUGACGCCGAUGCUUGGGCUGACGCUUGGGCUGAGGCCGGUCCUGAUCCUGGCAGUUGCUGUUCUAGACCAACAACAUUCGUUAAAGGUAGACAAGGUCCUCAAGGUAUUAUAGGUCCAAUGGGCCCAACUGGUGCCGCUGGUCCACCUGGUGCCGUUGGAGAAAUUGGACAACCGGGACCACCUGGUCCAAAGGGAGGAACUGGUAACCCUGGUAUUGUGGGUGUCAAAGGCUUCCGUGGAGAACUUGGAGAUCAAGGACCCCCAGGACCCCCUGGUGAGGAUGGAUCUGACGGUAUUGAUGGUGCUGACGGAACUCCUGGAACGGACGGUUGCAAUGGUACUGAAGGAGAACCAGGAGACCUUGGUCCAGCUGGACCUCCCGGCGCACCUUUUCAUGUAGCUGGAAAGGACGGUACCCCUGGAACCCCUGGAGCUAAAGGAGAAGCAGGACCCGAUGCUGUGCUUGAAGAGGGUGCGCAAGGACCUGACGGAGAGGCCGGACCUGAUGGUGCAGCUGGACCCAACGGUGAAAUUGGAUCUCCUGGAGAUAAUGGAGCAGACGGAAUAGAUGGAGAUGCAGGAGAGGUGGGAGCUGCCGGUGAAAAAGGAUCACAAGGAGACAAAGGACCCCCUGGUGAAGUCGGAGGACCAGGAGACCAAGGUCCUGAUGGUGAACCAGGCGCACCUGGAGACAAUGGACAAGACGGUGCUAUUGGACAAAAGGGAGAGCCUGGAGAGCCAGGAACUAUGAAAGGAGAGCCUGGUGAGGAUAGAGUCGGAGAUCCUGGAGCCCAAGGAGAAACCGGCCCCCAAGGUAUCACAGGCAAACCUGGUGAUAUUGGGUCACCUGGAGAAAAUGGUGUCAAGGGAGAGCCUGGUUUGGAAGGUGAGACUGGAGAACCUGGAGAAGAAGGUCCUGCUGGAGCCCCAGGCUCUGCUGGUAUUGCCGGUAACCAAGGACCAGAAGGAGAGAAAGGACCUUUAGGUGCUGCUGGUGAGCCAGGUGAAGCUGGAGAUCCCGGUGUUGCUGGAGCUGUUGGAGAUGAUGGUGCACGUGGUAACAAUGGAGUUAACGGAGAGCAUGGAAUGAAAGGAGCAGAAGGCGAAAAAGGAGAACCAUCUGUGGUCGAUGUCAAAGGAGAACCGGGUGAACCGGGUGCCGCAGGAGCUCAAGGAGAACCUGGCACCGUCCAAGGAUCUAAGGGAGAACAAGGUGAACAAGGUGACACGGGCCCAGCGGGAGCUGACGGAGUAGAUGGGGAUGAUGGGGAUGACGGUGAGGAGGGAGAGGAGGGAGACAAAGGACCUAUGGGUCUUCCCGGACAGCAUGGUUUUAAGGGAGAAGCUGGUGAUGCCGGUCCUCAAGGAGAAACUGGAGAUCAAGGUGCUAAUGGAGUAGAUGGCGAAAAUGGUGCUGACGGAGCCGCUGGACCCCAAGGUGAACCAGGUGAAAGCAUCAUGGGAGAGAAUGGAGAUGCUGGAGCGCAGGGAGACCAAGGACAAAAGGGCGCUCCAGGGGAUGCCGGAGCUGAUGGUGAAGCGAUAAAGGGACAGCCUGGUCCUGAUGGACCUAUUGGAAUGGACGGAGCUCCUGGUGUCAAAGGAGAAGCUGGAGAAUCUGGACCACCAGGACCUCACGGUGAACCUGGUGCCAAUGGGCCCGCUGGAGAACCAGGUAAUCCAGGACAAGACGGACUUGACGGAAGUGACGCCAUUUCUGGAGGAGUUGGAGAACCUGGAGAUCAAGGAGCCAAAGGUGCUAGUGGACAAGAUGGAAACGAUGGGGACGAUGGUGACGAUGGUGCCGACGGGGAAAGCGGUGACCAAGGGCAACAAGGCGAACAAGGAGCUCCUGGGGAACCGGGUCCAGAAGGACCUAAGGGAAUAACUGGACAAAAGGGAGAGCCUGGAACAUUGGGAGAAACAGGAGAGGCCGGUGUUUCCGGAGACACAGGAUUGGAUGGUAACCCAGGUAACCCUGGCAACCCUGGCAACCCUGGAGAGGAUGGUGCACCUGGAGAACCAGGCAAAGCUGGGGAGAAGGGACCAGAGGGAGACCAAGGAGCACGAGGUAGUCCUGGGCCCCCAGGAUUGGAGAUGAGGGAGCCUAGGGAGCUGUUGGGUGACCAGGGAGAUGUUGGUGAAGAUGGCGGCCCUGGAGAGGCAGGUAAGCCAGGAGUUGAUGGAGCCGACGGGGACAAAGGACCUAACGGUGUUGCAGGCGCUACUGGUGACAAAGGAAGGACUGGACCCGUGGGAGACCAUGGAAUUGACGGCAUUAAUGGCAAAGAUGGUUCACCCGGAGAGGAUGGUAUCGAUGGUGAACAAGGGCCACAGGGUAAUCCAGGUGCAGGACCAGGGCCAGAUGGACAACAAGGAGAGCCUGGAGAAGAUGGUCUUGAUGGUGAGCAUGGAUACGGACCACAGGGUGAAAAAGGAGAAGCUGGUGACGUAGGAGAAAUGGGAGUAAACGAAUUAGGUAAGCCGGGUGAAGUUGGAGACCAAGGAGAGCCUGGGAGUGACGGUAAAGAUGGUACAGAUGGAUCCGAUGGUGCAGAUGGUGCAGAUGGUUCAGAUGGACCCCAAGGACCACAAGGAGAGGCAGGUGAUCCAGGACCAGCCGGUGAUUCUGGAGCUCAGGGUCCUAAUGGAAACCCUGGAGCAAAUGGACAGCCUGGAAGUCCUGGAAAUCCUGGGGCCCCCGCAAAAGAUGUGCAGCAAGGACCUGGAGGAGAGCCUGGAGAGCCAGGUAAUGAUGGUGUAGCUGGAGCCACAGGAGCACCAGGUAUUCCUGGACCUGCUGGACCUCCAGGACCUGAUGGUGAACCAGGUGCUGUUGGUGAACCAGGAGAAAUUGGUGAACCAGGAGAAACUAUUCCUGGAGACCAAGGAGCUAAGGGUGAACCAGGAGUAGAAAAAGGUGAACCUGGAAUCCCAGGACCUGAUGGAGAAGCAGUGCAAGGUGACCCCGGUCAGAAGGGAGAACCUGGCGUGCCCGGAACUAUCAAGGGUGAGGCAGGAGCCGCUGGUGAGCCUGGUAACCCUGGAGAAUCUGGGGACAUGGGUGCACCUGGAGAACAAGGACCUGCCGGCAACGCAGGAGGUGCUGGUGACGCUGGUGAUGCAGGAGAGCCUGGAGAAAAAGGCCCAAGCGGUUCCUCUGGUAACGAUGGAGCUGACGGAGCACCAGGAGCUCCAGGAGCACAAGGACCUCCAGGACUUGCAGGAGAGCCUGGUCCUCAGGGAGAGGCUGGAGUACCUGGCGAAGAUAACAAUGUGAAGGGCUCAAAAGGAGAACCUGGAGAUGACGGAGCACAGGGAGAUAAGGGCCCACAAGGACCAGCUGGUAGAGACGGUUUGGGUGCUGAAAAAGGUCCAGAUGGUAUUAUGGGUAUCUCAGGAGACCCUGGACCUACAGGAGAACAGGGAGAAAAAGGACCACCAGGUGAACAUGGUGGAGCAGACGAAGUAAUCAAGGGAGAAAAGGGAGAUCCUAAUGGAGAUACAGGGCCAAAGGGUGAUACUGGAGCACCUGGUGAGGAUGGUGCUGCCGGAGCUGAUGGUCCCCAAGGUGAACAAGGACCACCAGGAGAAGAUGGUGCUCCAGGAGGCUUUGGAAAUGAUGGAGCAGAUGGUUCUCCGGGAGAAGCAGGUGCUACCGGACAACCAGGUCCUAAAGGUCCAAAUGGAGAACCCGGCAACGCUGGAGCAGAGGGAGCAUCAGGUGAUAAAGGACCAGAUGGAGAGAAAGGACCAGAUGGAGAUCAGGGAGCACAGGGAGAACCUGGAGAUGCAGGAUACGAGGGCUCUAAAGGUGGAAUUGGUGGAAAAGGACAUCCAGGUGUACCUGGAUUUGACGGGUCUAAGGGACAACCUGGUCAAGACGCCAAUCAAGGAGCUUGUCAAGGAGAUAGUGGGGUAGCUGGAGAGCCAGGAGAACCAGGAGAUCAAGCACCUCAAGGUGAAAAAGGACCUAACCUAAUAUCUGGCGGAGAAAAAGGAGACAAAGGACCAGCGGGCCCUCAAGGAGAUCAAGGAGAGCCAGGCGCACAGGGUGCAACCGGAGAAGACGGCGCUCAAGGUCCAGAUGGUCAACAAGGACCAGCAGGAGAAGACGGUCCACCCGGAGCUGAUGGUGUAAGGGGUGCAAAGGGAGUCUCCGGAGUCAGUGAACCAGGUAGAAAUGGUGAUCAUGGCUCUAACGGAGCUGAUGGUGCUCAAGGCGAGCCCGGUAAAGAUGGUGCCGAUGGUGACCAAGGAGAACAAGGUGAGACUGGAGCGAGUGGUGAACCAGGAAACCAAGGUGCUCCAGGCGAAGUUGGACCUGAAGGACCAAUGGGUGAUCAGGGUGAUCAGGGAAGUUCUGGCGCUGUUGGACAAAAAGGAGAAGCUGGAGGCGAUGGAUCCAAAGGAGAACCCGGAAUGUCCGGAGAGAAGGGAGCAGAGGGAGACAAAGGAGGCCCGGGAAUUGAUGGCAACAUCUUCCUCAUCAAAGCCGAGAUUGGAGAUCCCAUUCCACCUGAAUACUAUAUCUGGAUUGAGAUCAUCAACUCUGUCCUCAACAACACUGCAUUUGGCGACAAAGGCGAACCAGGACCUCAGGGACCUGCUGGAGCUGACGGUGUUAAAGGAGAGCCAGGUCUGAACGGUAACCCUGGUAUCGACGGAAACGACGGAGAGGACGGUAUCGACGGAAACGACGGAGAAAAAGGUGCUCCAGGACCACCGGGUGUUGAAAAAGGUCCUCAGGGUGCUAAGGGUGAUACCGGUGCACCAGGAAAAGAUGGACCCGAUGGAGAGAAUGGCCCAGAUGGAGAGCCAGGACAAAAGGGUCUGGCUGCAGUUGAGCCAGGAGAGAUGGGAGAACCAGGUCUGGAUGGAGCUAAGGGAGAAAAGGGACCUGAUGGACUUUGUGAGCCAAUCAACGCCCCCGCUUGUAACUGCGACACCCACACCCUUGUCAUUCACUCUCAAACCGCAGAUCAACCAGACUGUCCAGCAGACUUCAUUUCUCUCUGGUCAGGAUACUCUCUUUUGUUCUUCGAAGGAGAAGGUUACGGAAAUACUCAAGAUCUUGGACGUGCCGGUUCCUGCUUAGAAGAGUUCCAACUGGUGCCCUUCAUGCAAUGUGCUGGCAAUGAAGUGUGCAGACACGGUGUACGAGCUGACAAGUCCUUCUGGUUAGCUGUCGAAGCCGAGGCUGACUACACAGUUAAGCCAAUGUCCAGUAUUGACGAGAUCGUGCCACACAUUUCGCGGUGCAGGGUUUGUUCUGGCACUCAGUUCAUUCUGACCAGACAUUCUUUUACUGCAGAAAGUCCUGAAUGUCCUGACGAUUUCACCCCACUGUGGGAAGGAUAUUCAUAUGCCAUGGUUACCUCAUCGGGCGUGUCUGGCGGAGGCCAGGACCUCGCCUCAUCUGGAUCAUGUCUCCAACAGUUCCACCUCCCAACCUUCAUCGAAUGUCUGGGCAGGGGUACAUGCGCAUACUAUAUCAACAACUUGGACUACUGGCUCGGCCAGAAUCCAGACAUUACUCAGCCCGGCAUGUGGGGUAUGGGUAAUGUCUACAGCGGUCUGGAUGAAAUCCUUGACCAAGGUGUGGCGAGGUGCACUGUUUGUACCAGGAACGCCAUUGAGGAUUAAUGUAACAGUUUUUGGAGCUUUAUGAGACACUGUUAGCAGCUAUUAACAUUUUGAUGAUAUACGUAAUAUAUACGUUAUAGGAUUUUUUAUUUUUAGCUUAAUUUUACGUUGAUUUAAUGAGCGUUCUUCUGAUGAUCGGGCAUUUUUCACAAUUCUAUAUCGUUAUUGUUAUAUUAUACAUUUUAUGUGAAACAUUUACUCGAAAACCGACAGUAUUUACUAUCUGCAGGUGCAUAUUUAGUUAACAUUCAUCUAUUUUUAACUUACAGUUACAGUUACGAAUGACUUUUACAGUUUUACACAAUAUUUA